AUUUAUUUUGUCCAGGUUAACAAUGCUGGAGCUUCUGGAGUAGUAGUUGACGAGGAGCGCUUGAGGGCCAUGAAUAUAGAUCCUGAAACUUGGCUUUCAGGCAAGGCAACCAACAUGGUUCAACAAGUGAUUAAGACAUCUUAUGAGACAGCAGUAGAAUGCUUAAACACUAAUUUCUACGGUGUCCAAAGAUUAACAGAAGCUCUCCUCCCGCUUCUGCAGCUUUCCCCUUCAGGGGCCAGGAUAGUUAAUGUAUCAUCUCUCAGGGGUGAGCUAUGGAGAAUUCGAGGAGAUGAUCUAAGAAACGAGCUUGGGGAUUUGGAGACACUGAAUGAAGAGAAACUGGAUUCAAUAUUGAAGAGAUUCUUGAAAGAUUUGAAAGAGAAUACACUUGAAGCUGGUGGCUGGUCAUUGAUGCUGCCAGCUUAUAGCAUCUCGAAGGCCACCCUUAAUGCCUACAAUAGAGUCCUUGCCAAAAGGCAUCCUAGCAUGCUCAUCAAUUGCGUUCAUCCUGGCUAUGUCAAUACAGAUAUAAACUGGCACACAGGACCAAUGCCAGUAGAAGAGGGAGCUCGAGGUCCUGUCAAGUGUGCCCUUUUACCUGAUGGAGGACCUACUGGCUGCUAUUUUGAUCAAACUGAAGUCGCCAGCUUUUGAUCCAGCUCUUUCUACUCAGACGCUGUUGGAUUUUGUCGAUGCUAUGAAAAGACUAAUUUUUUUUUUUUUGAUGAUGAUGAAAAAGACCACCAAAUUAAUAAUCCUUCAUGAUAUACUUUUUGGUUCA